UCAUCAUAUCGCUUCAUUAAUUACACUUGGGUCGCGAGAAAAUCAAGAGUCCGAUCCCCGGAGCUGCUGUCUUGUUAUGAUCCAUGGCGAAAGGCCGGAGACUUACAAUCAGCCAGAGCGAAAGGUUCCUGGGAAGCUACGGAUACAGCGGAAACACCCGCAACACAGAGGACGACGGUGUAGAACUCGGCGAAGAUGACGUUUGGUACUCUAUGGUUGAUGAAAUGGUUAACAAUGAAAACAACGGAGGCGAUCAUCGUUCCAUCAAUAGCGAUUGGUACUCACGCGCCCCUAAGGGUGGUUCCACGAAGAGCCUCCGUCGUUCCUGUGUUCUGACUCCUGGUUCCGCCGGCGGGCUUUCCGUGGCGUUUGAUGAUCAGCCGGUAAAGCAUAUGGUGGCGUCGCAGCGGAUUAUUCACCAGUUCCGGAACGACAGGGACAGGUUGGCGUCUCCAAGUCAUGUUGCCACAUCGGCACCAGUGAACGUGCCUGACUGGUCAAAGAUUUACCGAGUUGACUCGGUUGAAUCGAUGCAUGACUCGGAUGAUGGGACAGAUGAACAUGACUCGGAAAUGGUCCCACCCCAUGAGUAUUUAGCUCGGAGCCAUAGAACGGCUGCCAAGUCGGUUUUUGAGGGUGUAGGUCGGACCCUUAAAGGCCGGGACAUGAGCCGGGUUCGAGAUGCUGUUUGGAGCCAAACCGGAUUCGAUGGUUAGCCCAAAUAUAUAUAAAAAGGGAAAAUUUCUUUAUUUUUGUCAUUGUUUAGACCGGAAAAUGAAUAUAUUUGGAUUUUUAACCAUA